AUGAACUCGCUAGCUACGAUAUCACGAGUGAGGCCACUCAGAGCCACUGCUCGACCACAAAGCGUCCUUUACUUCGCCAUGCGCACCUGCUCAACAGGUUCCUCCACCUGGAAUCGCUCAUCUUGCCUCGUCCCCCAACGCUCAUCACCGGUGUUCUACACGGCGAAACGCCCCAUCUCCUCAACGCCACAACCGCAAAUCAAAGAAUACUUCCCACCGCCUGAGAAUCCCGCGGUGAAAGAAGUAGACUCGGCGUGGGCUCACCCAGUUUACACCGAGGCGCAGAUGCAGAACGUCAGAGUGGCGCAUCGAGAAGCUCGAGAUUGGUCUGACUGGGUAGCACUGGGGACAGUUCGCUUCUUCCGCUGGGGCAUGGAUUGGAUCACCGGAUACAAACACCCCGGGCCGGGCCAGCAACUCCCUGCACGAUUCAAGAUGACCGAACAAAAGUGGUUGACUCGAUUCGUCUUUCUGGAGAGCGUGGCUGGAGUACCUGGCAUGGUGGGCGGGAUGUUGCGACACCUCCGCAGUCUUCGAAAGAUGAAGCGUGACAAUGGAUGGAUCGAAACUCUGCUCGAAGAGGCUUUCAAUGAGCGCAUGCACCUUCUCACCUUCCUCAAAUUGGCCGAGCCUGGCUGGUUCAUGCGUCUCAUGGUCCUCGGUGCUCAAGGCGUCUUCUUCAAUGGGUUCUUCCUGGCAUACCUCAUCUCGCCACGGAUUUGCCACCGGUUCGUGGGCUAUCUCGAGGAGGAGGCCGUCCUGACCUACACCCGUGCCAUCAAGGAGCUUGAGAGCGGCCAUUUACCGGAAUGGAACCAGCUCGAGGCCCCCGAGAUUGCCGUCCAGUACUGGAAGAUGCCCGAAGACAAGCGCACCAUGCGAGAUCUGCUGUUGUACAUUCGAGCGGACGAGGCCAAGCAUCGCGAGGUCAAUCACACCCUCUCGAACCUCAACCAGGCGAUCGAUCCCAAUCCUUACCAGACCAAGUAUCAGAACCCCGUCCGUGAUCAUCCGUCCCGGGGGAUUGAGAAUCUCAAGGCUACGGGUUGGGAGCGGAAGGAAAUCUUUUCUUAA